UGGACUGUUCACACAUGCUCUUUCCUUGUUUCAGCAGAGGGGUGAUGGUUCGUUCAGCUCCCACACUGAAGGCCAAGGCAAGAAACAGGAUGGGCUGCAGAAGGAUCCCAACACCAGUCACCUGGCCUAUGGUAUCCUGGAUAACCCACCAUGGUAUCUCUGCAUCUUCUUGGGGAUCCAGCACUUCCUCACAGCCCUGGGGGGUCUCGUGGCUGUGCCACUCAUCCUGGCCAAGGACCUGUGCCUGCAGCAUGACCCUUUGACCCAAAGCUACCUCAUCAGCACCAUUUUCUUCGUCUCAGGCAUCUGCACCCUCUUGCAAGUGUUUUUAGGAGUCAGGCUGCCGAUUCUUCAAGGAGGGACCUUUGCCUUUGUGGCUCCCUCUCUGGCCAUGCUGUCUCUUCCUGCCUGGAAAUGCCCAGAGUGGACUCUCAAUGCCAGCCAGGUGAACACCAGCUCUCCUGAAUUCACUGAGGAGUGGCAGAAGAGGAUCCGAGAGUUGCAGGGUGCUAUCAUGGUGGCUUCCUGUGUCCAGAUGCUGGUGGGUUUCUCCGGCCUCAUUGGCUUUCUCAUGCGCUUCAUUGGCCCUUUGACCAUCGCUCCAACCAUUUCCCUUGUGGCCCUGCCUCUCUUUGACUCUGCUGGCAAUGAUGCUGGGAUCCACUGGGGGAUUUCUGCCCUGACCAUCUUCCUCAUCGUGCUCUUUUCUCAGUACCUCAAAAACAUCAUGGUUCCCGUGCCUGUUUAUAGAGGAGGGAAGAAGUGUCACAUCUCCAAGUUCAACCUGUUUCAGGUCUUCCCUGUGCUGCUAGCUCUGUGUCUCUCAUGGCUCUUUUGCUUUGUGCUCACUGUCACCAACACCCUCCCUAAGUCCCCCACGGCAUAUGGAUACAUGGCCCGUACAGACACCAAAGGCAGGGUUCUGAGCCAGGCCCCCUGGUUCCGCUUCCCUUACCCAGGACAGUGGGGCCUCCCCACCAUCAGCCUGGCUGGAGUCUUUGGAAUCAUUGCUGGAGUGAUCUCCUCCAUGGUGGAAUCUGUGGGUGAUUAUCACGCCUGUGCUCGGCUGGUUGGGGCCCCACCCCCUCCGAAGCAUGCCAUCAACCGUGGCAUUGGCAUUGAGGGCCUUGGCUGCCUGCUGGCAGGGGCCUGGGGGACCGGGAAUGGUACCACGUCCUACAGCGAGAACGUCGGGGCACUGGGCAUCACCAGGGUCGGGAGCAGGAUGGUGAUUGUCGCUGCGGGCUGUGUGCUGCUCCUGAUGGGCGUGUUUGGGAAGAUCGGGGCGGCGUUUGCAACCAUCCCUACCCCUGUGAUUGGAGGCAUGUUUCUUGUCAUGUUUGGGAUCAUCAGCGCCGUGGGGAUCUCCAACCUGCAGUAUGUGGACAUGAACUCAUCCAGGAACCUCUUCGUGUUUGGCUUCUCCAUCUACUGUGGGCUCGCCAUCCCCAACUGGGUGAACAAGAACCCUGAGAAGCUGCAGACAGGGAUUCUCCAGCUGGAUCAGGUCAUCCAAGUGCUCCUGACCACAGGCAUGUUUGUUGGUGGAUUUCUGGGCUUCGUCUUGGACAACACCAUCCCUGGCAGCCUGGAGGAGAGGGGCCUUUUGGCAUGGAGUAAAAUCCAGGAGGGUUCUGAGGAGACUCCCAAGGUCUCAAAGGUCUAUGGCCUUCCCUGGGGGAUUGGCACCAAGUUCUGCACAUCUUCAUGUACCCGAAUCCUCCCCUUCUGGCCCAGGAUAGACCACCGUGGAGAUGAGGUGGGAGCGAGCCAGCUCACUCUGUGUUCCCAGACCUCCUCUGGAACUCACCUGUGGAGUGUUACAGAAACCAAGAUGUGAAUGGCCCUACCCCCAUCUUCUCAUAGCCAAACUCUGGCCUGCAAAAUGCAAACAUCUCUGUUCACAAACAGUCACACAAGGGUCCUUCCAGGACCUUCCACACCCGGGUACUGUGGUGGCCAAGAGUGUUGAUGAAGAACAUGAUCAGUAUGGAGAAGGCCUCAGGGCAUCUUUCUGCUGUCUCCUGGCUCCAGAGUGGACGAUGGGUCUGGGAUCUCCACAGAAGCCUGCUCUUCUACAAUGCUCGGCAGUAUUCUGGUGGAUCGGGAGGAAGAGGCGUGCUGUGGAACGGGGUAGGCUGUUUGCUGAAAGGUGAUGGAGCCAGGCAGCCUGUAAUCCCAGCCAAUCAGGAGGCUUCACAGAAAGAUCAUGGACUUAUUAGGUCUACAAACUGACUUUAAGGCUACCUGGGCAAUUUGGUAGCCAA